AUGGAUUUAAAAGAUGAAGAAACUUUUCAAUAUUUGCCUUCAGAACUAACCACCAAAGAGGAUAUAAUUUUAACGCCAGAAUAUAUGAGAAUCGCUUCGCAACCUUCUUCAAAAAGUAGUAAUCCUUCACCAAAAUUGAUUGUUUUGGAUUUAAAUGGCACUUUGUUACAUCGAAAGAAAAGAAAAAAAGGUAAAUAUAGAGUGGAUCCACGCCCUUUCAUUAAUGAAUUUCUUGAAUAUUUGUUCAAUGUUGAUACAUUUUCUAUAAUGAUUUGGUCAAGUGCAAGACCUGAAAAUGUAGAUCGGAUGGUGAGAGAAAUAUUUGGAAAUUAUCGGGAGAGAUUAAUGGCAAUUUGGGGUAGAGAUAAAUUUGGAUUAAGUGAAGAAGAAUUUUUUACCAAUUUUAAACCCAUUAAAAAUUUGGAGAUUGUUUGGAAGGAAUUUAAUGAAAAAAAUGGAAGCAAUUUUGAUGGGCGAAAAAAGGAGUUUAACCAAACUAAUACUAUUUUGAUUGAUGACUCUCCAUAUAAAGCCCAAUUACAACCUUUCAAUGCUAUUCACCUUAGUGAAUUUGAACGUAAUGAAGAAGAUCGUGAAUUAUUAAAAAUUAUUGAAUACCUGAAAUUAAUUAAAUACCAAAGUAACGUAAGCACAUUUAUAAAAGAACAUCCAUUUAAUGCUAAGAGCGAAAAUUAG